AUGUUCACAAAAGUUAUCACAGCUCGCAUCUCUGACACUCUGGAUUUUAACGAGUCCAGACAACAGGCAGGCUUCCGCAGUGAAUUCUCAACAACAGACUACCUCCACACAGUAACCCAAAUAAGAGAAAACAUAGUUGAAUUUAGGAAACCCCUGUUUAUGGCAUUCAUCGAUUACGAAAGAGUAUUUGACAAGGAGACAGAGACAAAGGCCAUGUUCAACAGUAGAGUUCACUUCGAACAGAUACAUGUACAAGGAGAAACUCUAGAGGUAGUGGUGCAUCCUCCAAGUUAUGGCUUAUGGAUCAGAAAUAUGGACCACAAUCCAAUUAGUGGAGAGGAAACUAAUAAGUGCACAGAGAGGGAUGGAAAGGCUGAAUUAGCCUAA